GGCCUCAUCAUGGACCCCGCCUCAUGACGUAGGGUGGCCAUCCAAACUCCAGCACGAACAAACGAAUAAUAAUCCGUUUCAUCUUGCAGUUCAAAAAUAAAAUAAAAUCGCUAUAUUAACAGCAGCAACAAAGCGAAGCCAACAACGACGAUCCGCCCAAAUGCUUCUCCGUUGCUCUCGCCUGGCCUCCCCCGCUCUGCUUCAGAGAGCGAGCGCCACUUCCCCCGUAAACAGUAGACACCAAAAAUAAAGAUAGAAAAUUAAAUAUAUAAAACAAAAAAGGGAGAAAAGCAAAUACUCCAAAGUACAACAAACACUCCCAAAAGCAUCGCCACGAUUCUCUUCAUCUCUCUCUCUCUCUCGCAAUGGCUUUUUUAGCGCUCGGCUAAUUGGAGCUUUUGUCCGCUCCAACUUUCCUCCACUUUUCCCUGGUUCCCACUUUCAAUCCUGAAUUGAAUUUUCAUUCUGAUUCGUACUCUACAUAAUCCAUCCCUGCCCUUCUACUCAACCAGUGUUCGGCCGGCCGUGAACCUCUUUUUUCUAUUCCCCUGAAUCUCUGGUUCGUCGGAGAUAAGCAGCGGCGGCGGCGGCGGCGGUUUACUGUUAUUGUUAUUAUUUUAUAAUAUAGCAACAACAACAAUAUGGCAAUUGAGGAGGACGUGGAGAGCUGCGGCAGCCGAGCGGCCGACUCUUUCUCGCACAUCAAUCCUCGCCAUCACAGGCAGAAGCUGGAGGUCUACAACGAGGUUCUACGCAGAAUUCAGGAUUCCGCUCACGAAGACGCCAAUCUUCCUGGCUUUGACGAUCAGCUCUGGCUUCAUUUCAAUCGCUUGCCUGCACGAUAUGCUCUAGACGUUAACGUCGAGAGGGCGGAGGACGUGCUUACUCACAAGAGACUGCUACAAUUGGCAGAAGAUCCUGCUAAUCGACCUGCAUUUGAAGUUCGUUUGGUGCAGGUGUUCCCUGUCUCAAAUGGAAAAGCUCUUGAUUCCAUUCAUUUAGAUUCUUCACUGAGAGAAGAUGCUCAAAGUUCUUAUUUAUCAAGCAGACAAGCCACCCAUGCUCCUCCAACAUUUGGUUCGUCAUCAAAUCUUGAAGCGCUCACGCAUAGAUAUCAUGUUGACGAUGGUGAUAGCGCUGUAAAUUCAACAUCAAACCAUGUCAGGCCCAUGCAUGAGAUCACCUUUUCGACUGUAGACAGGCCUAAACUCCUUAGUCAGUUGACCUUCCUGCUUGCUGAAGUUGGGUUAAAUAUCCAAGAGGCCCAUGCCUUUUCUACUGUUGAUGGGUUUUCCCUUGAUGUCUUUGUCGUGGAUGGUUGGCCUCAUGAGGAGACCGAGGAGCUUAGAAGUGCUCUGGAGAAGGAAAUUCUGAAGACUAAGGAACAGCAGGGCUCAAAACAGCCUUCUAUUCCCACCAUCAGCAUUGUUAAUAACACGAGGAUUGUACCACUUCCUGGUUGCAUAGAAAUACCAAGUGAUGGCAUUGACGUCUGGGAAAUUGAUGCCAGUCAACUAAAAGUUGAAAACAAAGUCGCAUCUGGAUCUUAUGGCGAUCUAUACAAAGGCACGUAUUGCAGUCAGGAAGUGGCUGUCAAAGUCCUAAAGCCAGAGCGUGUCAGUGCUGAAAUGCUUAGAGAGUUUUCUCAAGAAGUUUAUAUAAUGAGGAAAGUUCGACAUAAGAACGUUGUGCAGUUCAUAGGAGCGUGCACUCAGCCUCCAAACUUGUGUAUAGUCACAGAAUUCAUGGCAAGAGGUAGUAUCUAUGAUUUUCUGCAUAAGCAGAAUGGUGUCUUCAAACUUCCAUCCUUAAUCAAAGUUGCAAUAGAUGUGUCAAAGGGAAUGAAUUAUCUCCACCAGAAUAGCAUAAUCCACCGGGAUUUGAAGACGGCCAAUCUACUGAUGGAUGAAAAUGAAGUAGUUAAGGUUGCUGAUUUUGGAGUAGCCAGAGUACAGACUCAAUCUGGAGUAAUGACUGCUGAAACUGGGACGUACCGGUGGAUGGCUCCCGAGGUGAUUGAACACAAGCCAUACGAUCACAAGGCAGACGUUUUCAGUUUCGGAAUAGUGUUGUGGGAGCUUCUAACCGGAGAGCUUCCGUACUCAUACCUAACCCCAUUACAAGCAGCUGUGGGCGUGGUGCAAAAGGGGUUGCGACCUACUAUUCCAAAACAGACUCACCCAAGACUGGCGGAGCUUCUUGAGAAAUGCUGGAAACAAGACCCAACUCAAAGGCCCAACUUCUGUGAAAUCAAGGAUAUCCUUCAGAAAAUCGCCAAAGAGGUUGGAGACGGGAAGGAAGGUCGCCGAAAGGAUCGAACAUCUGGUGGCUUUUUCUCGUCGCUCAAGAGAGGCCACAACUAGAUCUGGAAAAGCCAGAUUGGUAUCAUAAGAAAUAAUUUCUUUUUUCGUUGAAGCUUCUAUUUGGUGCAACUGUACAUACUGCUAUGGACUACAGAGCUUUGCCUUGGUGCAUUUUCGGCUUUGUCAAUGUCAACUUCUCUUUUGUUCCUUCAGGCACCUUUCUUGAUGUUCAUAACAUUCACUUGUGGAGAGUUGGAAACCAUUUCUCACUGACUUAUUGACCUAGUCACGACAAUGGGUGGACACACACACUGUUAUAAAAGAGCCUAAUUGACAUAAUUGUUGCUUUGGCGUGAAUUUGGAUACUGGAUGGUUAAACAUGUCAACUCUCCAAAACAAACAAAAUAAAAGUCACGAACCAAACAUGUAAAAUCACUUCACACCCAGCGAGGACCGCCGCCGGCCUCAGAGACCACCCUUUCCCUCCGAAUCUAUCCUGCCAUCGCCCUUCUCCUCUAGCAACACUAUCCUAUGUUUGGCCCGUAUUUUAGAAGUGCUUUUUGGUUUCAAAAGCCGAAACACGGCCAAACAACUCUAAAAGCUCGGUUUUUGAAAAGCCGAAAAACGCUUUUGUAUAACAUAAAAGCAGAAGCUCCGAUUUGGAGCUUCUGUGAAAAGAUGUUUUGAAAAUACAAGAUUAUCCUUACCAUAUUUUAAUUUUAUUUCAUAAAAUAUAAUUUUCCCUCAUUUAUAUCAUUUUAAAAAUAAAAUAAUUAUAAAAUCAUAUUAUUUAAUAUAAAAGAAAUCUAACAAGAUCCAUUUUGACUAUUUUUUUUUUGUUCAGAAUUUUUAUUCAUAUUUUAUAUUAUAAGUCCUUUAUAGUCAUUUAACACAACCUCUCAUAUUAAAAACCACUUCUAAUAGUUUUACAACCAAACACUCAACUAUUUUUUUUUUUAAAGUACUUAUCCAAAAACUCCAGACAAAACUGCUUCUGCAAAAGCUACAGCAGGGGCAAACUAAGCUUAUAUAUAUACAUAUAUUGAAGCCACACAUAAGCAAAGAAAAGGAAAAGCCAAACAUUAACACAACCCCAGUGCUCACCUGCCUACAUGCAGUUACGCAAGCCUCAAUCAGGGGCUAGGAUUUGAAUCUCGGGGGCGAAGUUGUUUAGUUUAACACUAGCUUAUUACCCGGCCCGUUGGCCGGAUUACUGUAUGUUACCCACUUGUGGAAUGGGAGAGAAAGCAGGUGAGAGUGAAGGGAUUGAGAUUCCACUUGAUUAGGACCGGCCCACUAAUCCGAUUCUUCCCGACCCGCCCCAACCUAAAGGGUCAGAAAGAGCCAAUAAGAAAAUACGAACGGAGAGAAUUAGUAAUAUAUCUUGACUCUUCAGAAGUGGGUCAAACAGGAUAAAGGUUGGGUGAGGGCAAUUUUUAGCGCUAAGCAGAGUUCUGGGUUGAAUAACUUUACUUAGGCCUAGAAAUUGGUGCUGAUGCAGACUGCAGUUUUUAUCAUACCAUCAUCAAUCAUCAUUGAAUUAGUCCUGGGCAUCCCUCCCCGUUGUCGGUCUGAAUUUUAAUGAUGGCUUCAUUCCUUGCACCAGCCAUAUCAGCGAGUUGUCAUCUCGAGCAUGAUUUGCCUAUGUACAAACGAUACAAUUAGAGUAUGAAACUGAAUUCAAAGAAAAGGAAAAGAGAAUUCUAUCACAUGCCAAUAAAUACACACAUAAUAGUUGAAGCUAAGUGAAAGUCAUUACUCGCACAUCAAUUCUCAAAAAUUACAGACUAAACAAUGGCUAGAAUGGCACUGAAACUACCAAGAAUCAUGGACAAAACAACUUGUCAAAUUAAAUAAUCCUUAUACUGAAACUACCUUCUAACUUGAAAUAAGACAUGAUCACAGUUCAUAGCACUCUUAUCACUAUGAAUUGGUUGCAGCUCGUCCUUAUCACUACCUCCCAAGCUCAAUUCAAACAGAAUAGACACAGUUAUGUAAG